UUCAUCAAGAGCUGUACGGUGAGCGAAGGAUUCACAUUGGAGAUAGGUUGCACAAGAGAGGUGAAUGUAAUCUCAGGCCUACCGGCGGAUACGAGCACGGAGAGGCUUGAUAUUCAUGACGAAGAGCGUCGAGUCAUCGGAUUCAGCAUCAUCGGCGGCGAACACCGCCUCAGAAAUUACCGAUCGGUGACUUCGGUGCAUCAAUUGGAACGGGAUGGUCAGGUAUGGAGCGUGGUUCUGGAAUCGUACGCAGUGGAUGUUCCGCCGGGGAAUACGGAGGAGGAUACUCGUCUGUUCGCCGAUACGGUUGUGAAACUGAAUCUGCAGAAAUUAGCGUCCGUCACUGAAGAGAUGAAUCGAGGAGGUAAUCGAUGAUCUUCUUCCAGCGAUCUAAAUCAUCACGAACAUCUAUCUCUUCGAUUGAGAAUCGAAGCAAGAAUAAGUGAAAUUUGAAAAUGAAAUUGAAAUUUGUGAUUGGAAAUGAAUUUUUCUUGAUGA